UUCCACUGCGUCACCAAAACUUCUGAGCUCCUCUCAGUAUAUAAAAAAAAAAAGGUCUCAAAUUUCUCUUCCCUCUCUUCCUGUCUCCCACAAUCCUAAACGGUUUUCCCCGUACUGCAUCUCUCCAUGAAAAACUAAGCCUGCUUCCCCACCAUGGAUGACAGGACGUCAACACCAACCACCACUUCGGAGGUCACAAGAGGACAACAGAAUGCGGACCUUAAGGCGUCGCCGUCCAGCAAACCUCUUCAUCGCUUUCUCCAAAAGGAGCCCCAGAGUCUCGGCGUUGCCAUCGGGAUCUGUGGCUGUGCAGAGCUGAUCAUGGGAUGCGUCUUGUUCAGGGAAACCAUGACAACCUCCGGCAAGGCCUACAUUCCUUUCUGGCAGGGAGGUCUGUUUCUCAUCUGUGGAAUCUUGUCGGUCUACACGGGAGUAUGUCCAUCCAAAAAGAUGGUGACCGUCUGUCUGUCCAUGUAUGUGAUGUCCAUCCUGGGAGUCUUCGUGUCUUCCAUUUAUAGGAUAAUCAGCUUUUUUUUCUACUGGUUCGUUUUAUGGCAAUUCUUUGCGGACCCAAUGGGCUACAACAGAGCGAUGCAACUUUUGGCCCUGGACUGCAUUAUGGUCACGUUCUCUGCGUGCGUGGCGGUGAUUCUCAUCUUCUUGUCAGUGGUGGCCCGCCUGGCUCUCAAAUCCACAAACACCCAGGUCAUUUUCCAGCGGAUAUCAACGCCACAGACUGACACAACAUCCCAACUAUAAUUUUGGAUCCUUCUCACUUAACGAUCAUACAUCUGUACAGUUUUCUAUACUAUGUUAUACAUUACCACUUUAGGAAUACUCGCUCCAUUUAAUGAGAUUUAAUACAUUUUUGCACAUUUAUUCAUCCAUCCAUCCAUCCAUUUUCUACCGCUUAUUCCCUUUCGGGGUCGCGGGGGGCGCUGGCGCCUAUCUCAGCUACAAUUGGGCGGAAGGCGGGGUACACCCUGGACAAGUCGUCACCUCAUCGCAGGGCCAACACAGAUAGACAGACAACAUUCACACUCACAUUCACACACUAGGGCCAAUUUAGUGUUGCCAAUCAACCUAUCCCCAGGUGCAUGUCUUUGGAGGUGGGAGGAAACCGGAGUACCCGGAGGGAACCCACGCAUUCACGGGGAGAACAUGCAAACUCUACACAGAAAGAUCCCGAGCCAGGAAUUGAACCCAGGACUGCAGGACCUUUGUAUUGUGAGGCAGACGCACUAACCCCUCUGCCACCGUGAAGCCCAGUAUUCAUUUAACUAUGUGUAUUAUCGUGGUUGAAAACCCACCAAGAGCCGUCUCUAAUAUUUCGCUUACCUGUAUCACUGUGAGAGAAAAAAAAUAUUUUAGACUUUACGAUUUAAAAAAAAAAAUGGCAGCUCAGUCUCCAGUAUUUUACCGUAAAAUGCACAGUGGUUUUUACUCGGAAUAAUUGCAAAUGGAAAAACAAUACCACUUAUUUUUACCAUAAAAUUCUGAACACCAAGAUUUCCGUUUUUUUACCUUAAAUCUACGGUCGUUGUUUUUACAGUGCAUUACUGUAAAGCAGGGGUCUCAAACAUGCGGCCCGCGAGCCAAUUGUAGCCCGCGAGACGUUAUUUUGCGGCCCGCACCUUAAUAUGAAAAUCUAAUGUUGGUGCGGCCCGCGAGUUUUACAUGAAUGGCACUCUACAGUGUUAUACCUGUACACCCUCGAUUUUUCCAGGAGAUAAUAUAUUUUAUGUAUUUAAAAAUGGAAGAACCACUACAACCAGUUAGCACUAAUGUCUUUAUAUGACCAACAAAUAAUCAAGCAGUCUUCAAUCAAUCAAUCAAUGUUUAUUUAUAUAGCCCCAAAUCACAAAUGUCUCAAAGGACUGCACAAAUCAUUACGACUACAACAUCCUCGGAAGAACCCACAAAAGGGCAAGGAAAACUCACACCCAGUGGGCAGGGAGAAUUCACAUCCAGUGGGACGCCAGUGACAAUGCUGACUAUGAGAAACCUUGGAGAGGACCUCAGAUGUGGGCAACCCCCCCCCCUCUAGGGGACCGAAAGCAAUGGAUGUCGAGCGGGUCUAACAUGAUACUGUGAAAGUUCAAUCCAUAGUGGCUCCAACACAGCCGCGAGAGUUCAGUUCAAGCGGAUCCAAGACAGCAGCGAGAGUCCCGUCCACAGGAAACCAUCCCAAGCGGAGGCGGAUCAGCAGCGUAGAGAUGUCCCCAACCGAUACACAGGCGAGCGGUCCAUCCUGGGUCCCGACGAGCGGUCCAUCCUGGGACUUGACUUUGGACAGCCAGUACUUCAUCCAUGGUCAUCGGACCGGACCCCCUCCACAAGGGAGGGGGGGACAUAGGAGAAAAAAAGAAAAGAAGCGGCAGAUCAACUGGUCUAAAAAGGAGGUCUAUUUAAAGGCUAGAGUAUACAGGUGAGUUUUAAGGUGAGACUUAAAUGCUUCUACUGAGGUAGCAUCUCGAACUGUUACCGUGAGGGCAUUCCAGAGUACUGGAGCCCGAACGGAAAACGCUCUAUAGCCCGCAGACUUUUUUUGGGCUCUAGGAAUCACUAAUAAGCCGGAGUCUUUUGAACGCAGAUUUCUUGCCGGGACAUAUGGUACAAUACAAUCGGCUAGAUAGGAUGGAGCUAGACCGUGUAGUAUUUUAUACGUAAGUAGUAAAACCUUAAAGUCACAUCUUAAGUGCACAGGAAGCCAGUGCAGGUGAGCCAGUACAGGCGUUAUGUGAUCAAACUUUCUUGUUCUUGUCAAAAGUCUAGCAGCCGCAUUUUGUACCAACUGUAAUCUUUUAAUGCUAGACAUGGGGAGACCCGAAAUAUUAGAAUAUUAGACUUCUAAAUCAUAUCCUACUAUACAUAUACACUUAUCAGUUCCAGCACAUUGACUCAGUUAUGAAUGUAAUCUACAUUAAUUCUCCAGUGUUGUAUUUAAUUAAUCCACAGAAAAAAUCCGAGCCAACCUACUACACAUGUGAUCAUCAGUGUCACAAGACAGCACAGUGCACCUCUUUAUGAUCGUGAUAACCAUAGUUUUGCCUUGUGAGUGAGCCAAAUGUUUGCUAAAUGUGUCCUCUUUGAAACACUUUUUAAAUUUUAGCAUUCCCGUGCAGAGGAGCCAGAUGAGGUGGUUCGGGCAUCUGGUCAGGAUGCCACCCGAACGCCUCCCUAGGGAGGUGUUUAGGGCACGUCCAGCUGGUAGGAGGCCUUGGGGAAGACCCAGGACACGUUGGGAAGACUAUGUCUCCCGGCUGGCCUGGGAACGCCUCGGGAUCCCCCGGGAAGAGCUAGACGAAGUGGCUGGGGAGAGGGAAGUCUGGGCUUCCCUGCUUAGGCUGCUGCCCCCGCAACCCGACCUCGGAUAAGCGGAAGAUGAUGGAUGGAUGGAUGGAUGGCAUCCCCGUGCAAUACAUAUCCUUGACGUUUCAUUAUCGCGAUGCAUCUCAAUAGGUAAGGGAAAACGGGGGUUGUUCGUCUCGACACCAGAGGGCGCUGUUUCUCAAAAAUUAUGGUACGCAUGUGCCUUCAGACUGUGGCAGCAUCCAUCCCAUCCAUUUUCUACCGCUUAUUCCCUUUUGGGGUCGCGGGGGGGCGCUGGCGCCUAGUUUAGCUACAAUCGGGCGGGAGGCGGGGUACACCCUGGACAAGUCGCCAACUCAUCGCAGAGCCAACACAGAUAGACAGACAACAUUCACACACUAGGGCCCAUUUAGUGUUGCCAAUCAACCUAUCCCCAGGUGCAUGUCUUUGGAGGUGGGAGGAAGCUGGAGUACCCGGAGGGGAGAACAUGCAAACUCCACACAGAAAGAUCCCAAGCCUGGGGUUGAACCCAAGACUGCAGGACCUUCGUAUUGUGAGGCAGACGCACUAACCCCUCUGCCACCGUGAAGCCCUAGUAUUGCACAGAACAGGCCCAAAUUCUGGACACACAUUUUCCUUCAAUGCUUUUUCUUUAUUUUUAUGACUACAUUGUAGAUCAUGGGUGUCAAACUCUGGCCUGCGGGCCACAUUUGGCCCGCCGUGUAAUUUCGUCGGGCCCUUGAGGCAGUGCCAAAUUAACAUUAGAGCUGGCCCGCCGGUAUUAUACAGUGACGGUGCCGCUGUAACACCGCAUUCAUCGCUAAUACUCAUAAUUCCCAACCCUCCCAAUUUUCCUGGUAGACUCCUGUUUCUUCAGUGCCCCUCUCGAAAAUCUCCCGGGCAACCAUUCUCCCGAUUUCCACCCAGACAACAAUAUUGGGGGCGUGCCUUAAAAGGCACUGCCUUUAGCGUCCUCUACAACCUGUCAUCACGUCCGCUUUUCCUCCUUACAAACAGCGUGCUGGCCGAGUCACGUAAUAUAUGCAGCUUUUCACACACACAAGUGAAUGCAAUGCAUACUUGGUCAACAGCCAUACAAGUCACACUGAGGGUGGCCGUAUAAACAACUUAAAACACUGUUACAAAUAUGCGCCACACUGUGAACCCACACCAAACAAGAAUGACAAACACAUUUCGGAAGACCAUCCGCACCGUAACACAACACAAACACAACAGAAGAAAUACCCAGACCCCCUUGCAGCACUAACUCUUCCAGGACACUACAAAAUACACCACCCGCUACCAACAAAACAAUUUUAUUUUCUGUCAGCGCGGUAGCACUUCCGUGUUAUUAGUGAAGUCAAUGUAACUGUAAGUCCCAAUCGAUGCUGCUGCUGCUACUAUUACUAUCAGAUGAUGUGGAGGCCAUAAUGUUUGAUAAUAGCUUCACUGAAAACUGCAUUACAUGAAAAAGUGUGGGGCGAGGGGGGUAACACUGAUUUUCUCUACUUUUACUAAUGUUACGAUUAAAUAUAUGUAGCUUUACAUUCUGUGUUGAAAUAUAUGUGCAAUACAUUUAGGUAGAUAAUGGCUAUGUUGUUAAUAUGGAAAUUAAAGUGCUCUAAUAAAUAAAUCAUAAAUGUGA